GGUUGGCUCAUUCUGCAUCGGGCUGGGCUCUCCCAUUUCCAUCCACAGGGUGGUUCUCCCCACGGUGUGCUGUGGCUGACAGUCUCCCUGCCUGAGAUACAAGAGCUUUCCCUCAGCUGCUGCUCAAGCUCUUGUUUGCCUUGGCAGUAACAGCAGCUGGAUGUCCAGCAUCUGCUUCAGAACAAUUCUUCCCUAUUCAACACGUUCCAGGGGAAGGCAGGGAAGCCCUCCCUGCAGCAGGCAGGAUGAAGUAAAUGCCUUUGCCCACUUUUUUAAACAAGACUGACACCUGCCAAUUACUCUGAUGAAAUGAGGCGUGAUUUUGAUAACCCUUCCUUGGAAGCAAAGAUCAGAAAGUCUGAGGUGAGAAGUGAGAACAAAGCUCCUGCAGGGAGUGAGCACAGAAAUUUAUAUGACUGACUAUGUACCUGUUUCAUAAAAUGGAAAACAAUGAAGUUUACCAGGAAAAACAACGGAGAUACUUAAAAAUUUGGCUAAUUUUGUGCCUGUUUCCAAGAACCUGUGUAUCGAAUCCUUCCAAACCUAACUUUUUGCUGAUACUGGCUGAUGACCUUGGUAUUGGAGAUGUGGGUUGCUAUGGCAAUGAUACAAUAAGGACCCCUAACAUUGAUGGCCUGGCAAAGGAUGGAGUGAGACUCACUCAGCACAUUGCUGCAGCAGCUGUCUGUACUCCAAGCAGAGCUGCUUUCCUGACUGGCAGAUACCCCAUCAGAUCAGGCAUGGCAUCCAGCACUGAGCAUCAGGUUCUCUUCUGGAACGGUGGUUCAGGGGGGCUCCCACCAAAUGAAACCACUUUUGCCAGAAUACUCCACCAGCAAGGUUAUUCUACAGCACUUGUAGGGAAGUGGCAUAUGGGUGUGAACUGCAAAACUCGCCAUGAUCACUGCCACCAUCCUUUAAAUCAUGGUUUUGAUUAUUUUUAUGGCAUGCCUUUUACCCUUCUCAAUGAGUGUCAAGGCUCAGAUGACCCUGAAUUGGCCAAGUCUUUGCAAGAUACAUAUUGGUUUUACACUCAGAUGAUCAUCCUUGCAGUAUUUACUCUUGUGAUUGGAAAACUUGCCAAUUUAUUCCCAGUAAAAUGGAAAAUAAUCAUCUUUCUGGCCCUCUGUGGUCUCCUUCAUUUCAUCUCCUGGUUCUCCAGCUAUGGUUUCACCAAGCACUGGAACUGCAUCCUGAUGAGAAACCAUGAUAUCACUGAACAACCAAUGAACCUACAAAAAACUACUUCUAAUAUGCUGAAGGAGGCAAUUACAUUCAUUGAAAGAAACAAGCAUAGACCAUUUCUUCUCUUUGUUUCCCUUUUACAUGUUCACACCCCUCUCAUUACCACAGAGAAGUUUCAGGGAAGAAGCAGGCAUGGCCUGUAUGGAGAUAAUGUAGAGGAGAUGGACUGGAUGGUGGGCAGGCUUCUGGAUGUUAUUGACAAAGAAAACUUGAAGAAUACCACCUUCAUUUAUUUUGCAUCUGAUCAUGGAGGUUUCUUAGAGGCUCACAGAGGAAAUUCUCAGUUGGGUGGAUGGAAUGGGAUAUAUAAAGGUGGAAAAGGAAUGGGAGGCUGGGAAGGAGGAAUCCGUGUUCCAGGCAUAGUUAGGUGGCCAGGAGUGUUGCCUGCGGGGACAGUCAUCGAUGAACCCACGAGCCUCAUGGACAUUUAUCCUACAGUAGUUCAACUGGCUGGAGGGACAGUGCCCCAGGACAGGGCCGUGGACGGGCACAGCUUGCUGCCCCUGCUGCAGGGCACAGAGCAGCGCUCCAGGCACGAGUUCCUGUUCCACUACUGCGGGCUGUUCCUGCACGCCGUGCGCUGGCACCAGAAGCACAGUGGCACUGUAUGGAAAGCUCAUUAUGCCACUCCAGUAUUUCAGCCAGAAGCCUCUGGGGCCUGUUUCAGAAGAGGAAUUUGUCCAUGUUUCGGGGAUGGGGUAAUCCAUCAUGACCCUCCACUACUGUUCAAUCUCUCACAAGAUCCGUCUGAGGCAAAUCCUCUUUCAGCUGACACUGAGCCCUUGUUUGACACUGUGGUGAGGAGAAUGAGAAGAGCUGUGGAAGAGCAUUGCAAGACUCUGACUCCAGUCCCACAACAGCUCUCUCCUUACAAUAAUAUAUGGAAGCCGUGGCUGCAGCCAUGCUGUGGCACAUUCCCGUUCUGUUGGUGUAAUGAAAAUAACAAAACAUAGUCUAAUGUUAAAGUCAAAGUACAGCUAGCUUUAAAGAAAUUGGUAAUUUUUCACAUUCACAUGACUACAGUCAUAAAGAGAAUAAAGAUUAAAUUAUACUGGGAUAACUAAAAGGGACAUUAGUAAUCACUAAUGGUUUUUUUCAACCUUUUCGCUUAUCCAUGGAAAUUAAGUAAGGCUGUGGUUUAAAAGAAUUAGGGGUCAUCUGUAUAAUCUGUCAAGUGAAUAAUUCAGGAUUAAAUACCAAAUAAAUGAAUCAAAAUUUAUUUUCUUACUGACUUACAACUCAAGCAAAUGAUGACAGAUAGAAAAGCAAAUUUUCAAUAGCAAUUGUCUAUAGGAAAUAUGCUUGUUGAGAGAACAGGACUGAGCCCAAGAGGGUAUCCCUGUUCAGGCCUUAUGUUUUUAAUGAAAAUUAACCUUUUGCACAAAAAUGAAAGGAUUAUGACAAUGAAAAAAAAAUAAAAAUAAAAUUGCACAUUUAAUUUGGAAAUAUACCAAAACGUAUUGGUCUCUCAGAAAUAAGCACCUGUUAAAUUACAGCAUUUUUUUGCCUCAUUAUCUGUGCAUUUAUUUGUCUGUCAUGCAAGAUUUCCCAGGGAAAACUCAACUGACAAGGAUGUUUUAAAAAUUAGAUAGCUAAAGUUAGCAUCUCAAGAGCAGUAGCAAAAUACCUUGUUGUCAUCCUAUUGCACAGCUCCCCUACCUUCUCAGUGAUUUCUCAUGUGCAGCUUCUCACAGCACCGACUCCUUCUUCUUCACAGCAAAACCAACAAACUCCAACUCUCCUCAACCAGCUAACCCACUGUUUUGUAGCAUUUGUCUUCUUAUUGGACACAGCUGUGGCCUGUUAAGGGCAGGCCUGUUCCUAAUCUUUGGUGAUUGGUACAGCUGCAACUCCUCAGGGGUGAGACUGCCUUCUGCACUAUCUUUAUUUUCUUACAUACUGUCCCCUUACAGUACCUAGCUACUCUGAAAUGUUAAACCACAGCAAUUCUUACUGAUAUGUGUUUUCCAUGUAGUUAGGUCAUCUCACUUGUGAGAGCAUUGAAAAUCAUCACCCCGCUGCCUUGAGAAGAUUGCAAAAUUUGAGACCUAUCUGUGAGACCACUUCAUAAGCCUGCAUGCCCUACUUGAGUAGGAAAUUCAUUCCUGAUUUCAUAGGAAUGCCAUUAUACCUCCGAAAAAUAUUCUUUGUUUAGUGAAAUAACACUAUGUUUUCAGUAGAAGGUGUUGAAAAAAAAUUCACCUCACAGUCUCAUCACUUCUGUAUACAGGUCAUCUUCCCCAAGCCAAAGAAGCGUCAGCACUCUGUACAGUCAUUAGGGGAAAGGAGGGUAUUAAAAUACCUAAUCCUCUCUUGCUGCCCUUAGGUUAAAUAAAUUCAUCUCUCAAGAUAUAAUCCUAACCAUGCUCUUGCAGGGAUUUUGUGUCAAAUGAGAUUUUCAAAUGGAGUUUCCUGUAUUUUUUCCUCCCCCCAAAAAGUAGACUGUGGGCAAGAGACUCAGAUUCAAACUUCAAAGUCUUCCUGAACGCUCUAUAUUCAGCUCCUGCUAUACAGGUAAUGGUCACUCAGGCUUUAAAUAGUUUCAAGGGAUGGUAAGAGCUGCAGAGCAGGUACUGCAGGUGACAUGUUUCCUUAAAGCUUGCUGUCUUAAGGCACCACACCUGUGCAGCUCUAUUAAGGACCAAGCUUGCCUGUGUGUAAUUUUCUGUUUUAGAAACAGAAGAGACAAGAAGGCCCAUAGCAAGUCUCUCUCUCAGCUCCUGAGCUGCCCCAGCAGAUCCCUUUCACCAGAUUUGGGACAAAAGAGGAUGCAUGUCUGGAUUAUACACCCUGUGCAGUGUUUCAGGGAACCCCCUGACUGGCACCUUAGUGUGCUAGUUUGUGGUGGGGUGAGUCACUGCUGUUUAAACAGCAUAGGUUGUGACCAUGAUGCAACACCAAAUGUAAGUCUCUAAAUAGCUGACCAGGCAGUUCUCCAGGUUAUUUGCCAUUUCACCUUUUCUCUAAAAGGUCAGCAAGAAAGUUAUGUGGAAAACAUUCCACAUAAAUCAUAGAGCACGCAUGAAAAUGAACUGAUUGGAUGCCUCAAUGUCACACUUAAUAGAAGCAUCCAAAACAAUGCUUGUUCUCACUUCCUGACAGUGUUUAAAUUUGCACCAGCAUUGCUACACACUUGUCAGUUUUGACACUUCUCUGUGGCUGACAGGGACUGAAACCAGAGCAGCUGCAUUUCACUGGAUUCAUGCAGUGAGAAAAGAGCAUAAAAGACCACAUGUUUUAAAGCCAGUUUGGCUGAUUCAGAGAUGGAGGACAAAUCCUACCACUCAGUGGGGAACAAAGCCAAAAGCUCUCAAGCCAGCCUGCUCAGUAACAUCUACAUUAUCAUUCAAGUACAAGGAUAAGUCUUUUCUCAGGUCGCUUCACUGGCUUCCCCACUCACCCACUCCAAUCAUUAGGUUAAAUAUCAGGAAAAAGUUUUUCAUACAUAAGUUGGUUGAGCACUGGAACAGGUUCCCCACGCAAGUGGUCACAGCACAAAGCCUGUGAGUUCAAACAGCACUGGAACAAUGCUCUCGGGCCCAUGGUGUGACUCUUGGGAUGUCCUGCACAGGGCCAGUGAUCAUGCUGGGUCCUUUCCAGCUCAGCAUGUUCACACAAGAACAUGCCCAGUCCCACACUAGGCCAUGAUGAGAGCACUUACCAGGAGGUGGGAUGGUGAUCAUGCACCCACUCAACAUGCAAGCAUAGACCCAAACUUCAGGAAGCCAGACUAGGCAGGCCAGUACAUCAGCAAGACCCAGAACUCAACCUCUAAACACACUGUGAAAAAAAUCACCCUGUAUAAAUUUAAACAUUAAACAUUGGUCUAACUCCUCUUUCCUCUGCAAAUUAAAUAUGCUGAACUGCUGUAUAGAGUCAGAUGCUAAGGAGUCACGUAGAUACCCAUGUUGAAUUUCUGACAUCCAAACAGAUAAUUUUAUCUCAGCUGGCAUCGUGGAAAACCAGAGGCACUUUCAGGCAGGAGGAGGAGAAAUUAGGGCUGGCAGCAUAGAGAACCAGCUUUUGUCAACUGUUAGGAGACCUCAGCCAGGCACAAGGAAAAGUGCUUUUCCCACACAGAGAGGGAGAGGGCAGACAAUGCACACAGAGGAUCUGCAGGCAAGAAGGAGAGCAAAGCAACAGGAAAUUCCUGAAUUGGAAGCAUGUCACUUCAAAAAACAGAGGACAGGAGAGAAAACUAUUUUCACCCCUAAGUUCUUUUCACUGUCUAAAGCUAAAUGUAUCUUAAAAUGUACAAAUUUUGAGGGGACAGUGGUAAGCAGGAAAAGGAAGUUAAUUAUUUAAUGUGUUUCAUGAAGAUCCUAGCCGUGGAUUGGUUGCAAAUCUUUCUGUCUGUAUACACUUUAAAAAGGACAUGUAAGCUCUGCAGAAGCUGUUCUUCUGAUCUUCUGGCAAAUGUAUAUUGCCCAUAAAGCAGAUGAACCCAACAUCACACUCAAGCUGUCCUCAUGAGCCCUUUCACAUAAAAUGCACUUACAGGCACAAAUUCUGUCACAAAACCUUCUUGAAUAAGACUGGAAGGAAGAAAUUCUUAAUUCAGUUCCAUAGGUUUCCCUGGAAAAUCAUCUAUAAUGAUAUUUUUCAAAAUAUAUAAAUAUAAGAAUAAACCCUAAAUUGUAUGUUUUCUCCCUUUGUAGCAAGGCACAAGGACUACAUAAAAUGGCCUGUUAGGAAAACCGGAAACCACUGGGCAAUCUCCAAGCCAUACAAGAAUGUGCCUACACAUGGCUUAAUAUAGACACCAUAGAGAGGGAAGUAUUACACUGUAACAAAUGAAGUUUGUUUUACUGAAAGAGCUGUGGUUGUACUGUGUAAAUGUUUGACAUUCAUGUUGUAUGAAGCUGACUUCCACUUUACUCCUUUGAUCAUUAUUAAAUGACAUUUGGAAUUGUUGCAUUAGACUGACUCAACAGAGUAAUUGUCAAGUCUCACAGGAGUGAGACAAUAAGCUCCUCAGAAGCCUCACUUCACCAUGUUUAAAUAUUAGACACAUUGCUUUGCUCCCUGCUGGGACUCAAGGGAGUGCCAGCACACAGAUCACAAGAUCUCAUCUUCUAAGGAUGCAAAAUAGUUGUGUAACAAAUAAACUGAGAAAAGCAAUUUGAGCUCAAAAUUUGUCCAGCUUGAAAUUCCCUCUGAGUAUAUUUGAGAGGCAUUUACAUAAAUGACCAAGGAGUAACAAAAAACCUUUUGCUCAUUACAGAUUUUAGGUUAAUAUACACAAAUACAGGCAUAUAUAUAUAGUGUUGAACUCAAUACGACCCUGGAAGAUUUUUGUAGGAUGUUUUGAUUGUAAUGUUACAUCUAAUCAACUCCACUAAAAAGACUCAGAUUUAU